AUGCAAGUUCAUGAUGAAAACAGAAACCAAACCAUUAUCUCUGAGUUCCUUCUCCUGGGCCUGCCUAUCCAACCAGAGAUGAAGGCUCCUUUCUAUGCCCUCUUCCUGGCCAUGUACCUUACUACAAUCCUUGGGAACAUGCUCAUCAUCCUCUUGAUACAUGUGGAUUCCCACCUACACACACCCAUGUAUCUGUUCCUCAGCAACCUGUCCUUCUCUGAUAUGUGCUUCUCUUCUGUGACCAUCCCCAAACUGCUGGUAAACAUGCAGAGCAAGAUACCAGCCAUCUCCUAUCCUGGCUGCCUGACCCAGAUGUACUUUUUCCUCUUCUUUGGAGACCUGGAGAGCUUCCUAUUGGUGGCCAUGGCCUAUGACCGCUAUGUGGCCAUAUGCUACCCACUGCACUACACUGUCUUCAUGAGCCCCAAGCUGUGCAGCUCUCUCCUGGUGUUUUCCUGGGUCCUUACUGCCUUCCAUGCCUUACUGCACACCCUGCUCAUGUCCCAAUUAUCCUUCUGCACCAACAACAUUAUCCCCCAUUUCUUCUGUGAUAUGUCUGCCCUGCUGAAAUUGGCCUGCUCAGACACUUGGCUGAAUGAGUUGAUAAUCUUUGUCAUGGGGGGGCUGGUUUCAGUUGUGCCAUUCCUGCUCAUUAUCACAUCUUAUGCCCGUAUCCUCUUUUCUAUACUCAGGGUGCCCUCUGUCAGAGGCAUCCGCAAAGCCUUUUCUACCUGUGGCUCUCACCUCACAGUGGUCUCUCUCUUCUAUGGGAUGAUCAUCGGCCUCUACUUGUGCCCUUCAGCCAACAACUCCACAAUCAAGGAGACAGUCAUGUCAAUCAUGUACACUGUGGUAACACCAAUGCUGAACCCCUUCAUCUAUAGUCUGAGGAAUCAAGACAUGAAAGGGGCCUUCAAGAAACUUCUGGAAGGAAGAAAACUUCCUUUCUCCCUAGGACUGUCAUGCUGA